ACUUCCACAUUGAACAAGUUUCAAAUACACACGACUUGUACAAGUGGGUAGUAAGUAAAUACUCUAUACAUAUUUAUUGUUCCUCUCUCAAGAAAAUUUACUUUACGUUAAUACUUGGGUUCAAGGUCGUUAUUACGAUUUCGCUGUGAUGGUGUCCAUCCGAAGUGAGAAAUAUCUUUUUGUGAUUAUUACAUGUUGUGACCAACUUUGAAGCCUCAAAAAAUAAAUCCACAUUUUCACAUAACCUUCUCUUAAUCAUAACGAAAAAUGAAAAGGGUACUAUGAGUUGAUGAUUAAAACAAAUAAUUGCGUCCAUAGGGUUAUCAUAGGCAUGGUAAGUGUAUCACGGAAGACAUGCUUACUCCUGGACCAUAUAGACGAUGUCGAAGAUUGUGGCAGGCAAUAUUGUUUUUAUUUAUUUGCGCAUUGAUAAUUGUUUGGAAAAGAAGUAAUCGAUUAGAAGAAAAGUCAACACCAUCAAACAAACAUGUCUUCAGGCACAAUCAGGAGGAAUACGUUGAUCACAGGGGUGUGAAAGUAAUAGUUGGUCAUUACAUCGGAAACGCUGUCGAAAAUAUACCCAAUGCUGAUAAGAAUGUAAUUAAUCGAAAUAACUACUCUCCAAUGCCGGAUGCAGGAAAGAAUGGGUUUCCAGUGAUAAUUGAGCCGAAAGAUUUGUUGGUGUCCCAGCAAAUAUUUCAAAUAAAUCGUUUUAAUUUGUUAGCAAGUGAUAGAAUUCCUUUGAAUAGAACAUUGCCAGAUGUAAGAAGAAAAAAGUGUAAAUUUUUGUACAAAGAUUAUAAUUCAUAUCCCAAAGCAAGCAUAAUAAUUGUUUUCCAUAAUGAAGCUUGGUCAACAUUAUUCAGAACGGUAUGGAGCGUAAUUAAUAGAUCACCAGAAGAGCUCUUGGAGGAAAUCAUAUUAGUAGAUGAUGCCAGUGAACGAGACUUCUUACGUGAUCCAUUGGACGAAUACAUUAAAAAGUUACCAGUUCCAACCAAAAUCCUUCGUAGUAAAACCCGGAUAGGAUUGGUCCAUGCACGUAUGAUGGGUUCGCGAGAAGCUAAAGGAGCCUCGUUGGUGUUUUUGGAUGCCCAUUGUGAAUGUACCAUUGGAUGGUUGGAAAGUCUUUUGGCACCCAUCGCAGAAGAUCGCACAACGGUUGUCUGUCCAGUAAUAGACAUCAUAAACGACAACACGUUUGCUUAUAUAAAAAGCUUCGAACUUCAUUGGGGGGCCUUCAAUUGGAAUCUUCAGUUUCGUUGGUACACUCUCGGAAAUAGAGAGCUCCAGAAACGGAAGCAAAACAUUACGCGUCCAUUCCAUACGCCUGCAAUGGCCGGCGGACUUUUUGCUAUCAGUAAGGAGUACUUCUUUGAAAUUGGAGGUUACGAUGAAGGAAUGAAGAUAUGGGGAGGAGAAAAUUUGGAAAUCUCUUUUAGAGUUUGGCAAUGUGGAGGAAAGGUGGUAAUUGCUCCUUGUUCACAUGUAGGCCAUUUGUUUAGAAAAUCAUCUCCGUAUACGUUUCCUGGUGGUAUUGGGGAAACAUUGUAUUCUAAUCUAGCCAGGGUUGCUAUGGUAUGGAUGGAUGAGUGGGGUGACUUCUAUUUCAAAUUUAACAACGAAGCAAGAAAGGCCAAAGAACUGCAAGACGUUCAGCAAAGGAUAAAAUUAAGAGACAAAUUGAAAUGCCAAAGCUUUAGAUGGUAUCUGGAGAAUAUUUGGCCCCAGCACUUCUUUCCAACAGAAAGUCGUUUCUUUGGACGUAUUAGAAAUUUAGAGAAAGACCAAUGCCUCAUAAAACCCAUAGGAAAAGAAUCUUCCAAUCAGCCAAUGGGAUUGGCCAAUAUUAAUAUAUGUGUCAAUAAAUCUUUAACUGUUGAAAUGUUCGUCAUGACGGAAGAUGGAAUUAUAAUGACCGAUGAUUCGGUGUGUUUGGAUGCUCCCGAGACAACAGUAAACAGUUUGCACAAAGUCAGAAUCAUGGCUUGUAGUGGUACCAGAAGACAAAGGUGGAAGUACAACAAAAAGUUCUUUGCUCUAGACUCAAGAACUAGUCCAUGCGACAAAUGGUUUCUGCUUGGAUGUCUCAUCCUCGAAGACUUUCGAAGAUGGACUGAUAAUUUCAAAUUGUACAGGAGUGCGGACCCAAAAGUGGAUAUUGGAACCUCAUCCAUGGAAGUGAUACAACCAUGCAAACCACUUGAAUUGGACAAUUGUCCAGACAAAUAUUGUUUAUAACAACGUCAUCGGAGCUUAUUACAGAUUAUUUAGCUCUCUAUUUGCAUUUUCAAACUUUUUUUAUGUAAAUAUAAUUUAAUAUUUCACAAAGGAUGCUGAAUCCGGUUAAUACGCUUUUCAAUUAUUUUCUUUUUUUCAUAAAUUAAGUUAUUCAAUGGUUCUAACAAAACUGAUAGCCGGAACAGUAACAUAUAUUGUACUUAUCUACAAGUAAUUCAAGCUUCAAAACAUUCCAAAAAGUGUCAGCUGAUGUCAUCUUCAUUUUUUACUAACCUGUGCCUAAUUAUUUAAUAAUAAUACUAAAUAGAUACAUAUUUAUUUAUCUUGUACCAAAUCAUUAACUGACAUAUUUUAUUUACGAAUGUUUUUAUUUGGCUGUUAGUUGAUCUGUUCAUGGAUACGUAGGUAAUAUGGAAGGUACGCUCCGGUAUCAAUAAAGCAUGAAUUUUUACACAAAUCUCACAGGUAUUUCCGUACAAAUCUAGAGCGAAUUUGAUUAAAAAAGAUUUAUGGAGUAUAUUUUUGUGACAAUAAUUGCUUCGUAUUUAGCAUAUAUAAAUAAUGUAAUAAGUAAUAACUGUGAUGUAUAUUUUUAUACAUUCGACUUAAUAAAGAUAUGAUAAUCAGA